AUGGUUAGGAAUCCUUAUUGUUGGACAAUUGAACAUCAAAAGGACCUCCCAGAGAAUGAUGAUCAAAAUUUGUCAAAGGGCAAACUUUUCAUUCUAUGUGGGAUUCGAAAAGUGUAUCUUAAUUACUAUUUCACACAGGAUGGUAAUUGGAGGUUUUAUGAUCGAACAUAUUUCAUCUAUGAAAACACGAGAAGAUUAUGUUUUGACAUAGAAGAACAUGAAACAUGGUCCUCUAAGUUCAGUCAAAUGGUUGAAUCUUUAUAUGUUCCUCUCAUGUAUCAACAAGAAAUGGUUCAAGACAUUAAGGAUAAGGCCUUGUUGAUUGUUCAAGAAAAUGAUACAUCUAAGAAUAUGUCAAUCAUCAUUGACAUAGCCCAUCGUAUUCCUCAGACAAUUGCAAAUAUUUAUCAAGGUCAUGACCACGAGGAAGCUAAUGAGGACGAGCUAGGGUUAAUAGAAGAACAAAUCGCGAUGGAUUUGAUGACCUUGGACGAAACACGUGUAUUUAUGCCUGUAGUUCCAACAUCAAAGGAUGCUAUUGAAGGGCUUGAGAAGGUGAAAGUAGAGACAUUGAAUGGUGACAUGAGUUUUGGUGAAACUUGUAUGAUAUGUCUUGGCAAGUUGAUUACAAAUGACAUUGUUGAACUAACUCGUAUGCAUUGCAAGCAUGUUUUUCAUGGAGAUUGCAUUAUUCAAUGGCUUGAAAUAAAUCAUGUUUGUCCAUUAUGUCGCUUUAGAAUGCCAAUUGAUAAAGAAAAUUAA